AUGACCAAUGGCACUGUUCCGUUGGCCAACCAGCAGCUCAACUCGUUCUGGACUCUCCUUCAGCAGUUUGGCUUGUUGGGUACUUACAGCAACAUGAAGAACAUCACCCUGCUCGCACCUAGCAACGAGGCUUUGGCUCGUUUGAACACUUCCGGCGUUGCCAUCACCUCUGAACUUGUUCAGGCAUUGGUCGACUACCACACUCUCAAUGGCACUAUCAUGUCCUCGGAGCUCAGCAACGUCACAUCUCUCUUCCCUCACACUCACUUGACCAACCCCACCUACUCCAAUGUCACCGGAGGACAGGUCGUCGAGGCCCUGAUGGUCAACAAGACAGCCUACUUCUUCAGUGGACUUAAGAACAACGUCUCGGUCACCACCGCAAACCUGAACUUCACUGGCGGUGUCAUUCACAUCGUCGAUGGCACUCUUACUAUCCCGGGAAACCUUACCUCUACCCUCACCAACUCCAACCUUACCGCACUUGCUGGUGCAGCUCAGGAGCUGAACAUGACAUCCACUUUGGGUCGUCUCCACGAUGUCACAAUCUUUGCUCCUAACAACGAUGCAUUCCAAGCUGUUGGCGAUGCUCUGGCAAACGCCUCCAUGUCUAUGCUCAGCAACAUUCUGAGCUACCACGUUGUGAACAACACCGUUCUUUACAGCUCUGACAUCAAGAACGGUACCACUUCCGUGUCCACCCUCACCGGUCACAACAUCACCCUCCAGAACAUCAACGGCAGCUUGUACGUCAACAGCGCCAAGGUUGUCACUCCUGACGUCCUGUUCGGCAAUGGUGUCAUUCAAGUCAUCGAUGAAGUGCUUAACCCCAACAACACUGUCGCCCACAACUCUUCCAUGACUGCCACUUCCAAGUCAAGCACUUCUCAGGCUUUCGCUGGCGUCACCACCAAGGCUUCCAACGUACCCUUCACCUCUGGCCAGGCCACACCCACUACAUCGAACGCUGCCCAGAAGAGUGCCACCACUGGAGCUCUCAGCUCGUCGACCGGUGCCGCCAAUGCUUUCGCAACUGGCGCUAUCGGCGCUGCUGCCUUGUUCGGUGGUAUUGGCGCCGCUUUCGCCAACUUCUAA